AUUUGGUGGAGGGGAGCUGGGAGUUGACGGCUGGGGAGAGUUGCCGAAGAAGCCCUCAACUGCCUAAUCCCCCGCCCGUCUCCUCGAAGAACGGCACGCUCGGAUCAGGGCACCUCCGCCGCCCCGGCAGCCUGCCGCGUCCUCCCGCCCGAGCGCGCCGCCGCCGUGUCGCGACGGUGCUAAUGGCUUCAGAGGUUCUCCCCGUGGUGGACCUCCGCGUGCUCGCGCAGUCUGACCUGGACGCCCUCGCCGCCGCGUCCCUCCACGCAGUCGCUCCGCGGAGCUGCCCCGACGCCGACCCGCUCCCGCCUCUCAAGAUCGACCGUGCUGUGUUUAACGAGAGCGCGGGGUCCCGUAAGCAGACUUUCUCCCGACUCCGCUUCGCGGCAGCCGCCUCCUCCUCCCUCCCCACCUCCCCUUCCUCCAUCACGCCGUCAGCAGGCAACAACCCCGAGAACCACCUCGUCGCCUACCAUCUCCGCCGUCUCUUCGCCCGUGAAAACCCCUCCUGCCCGCCCUCGACCCCGCCUCCACCCGAAACCCUAGCCCUAUCGUCUCCCGACCCCGACCGGGAGACUACAAACUCCAAGGGGGUUUCCGUUGAUCUUGUGAGGCUCGCUGGGCUCGUCGACCCAUACGGCGUAGAGUUACGGAGGCAAACAGCCGGGCUUAUGUUGGAGGCGGAGCUAAUGGACUUCAUCAAUUGCCUCGAAGGACAGUGGGUGAGUCAGAGGCGGCGGAGGAAGUUUGUGGACGCAGCCUUCUUUGGGGAUCACCUCCCUACCGGGUGGAAGCUGCAGCUCGGGCUCAAGCGGAAGGGGCGCCAUGCCUGGGUGCAUUGCAUCCGUUACGUGAGCCCAAGGGGACAUCAGUUUCGUACUUGUAAAGAAGUUUCUGUGUAUCUUAUGUCACUUCUUGGGUAUCCGGCGGCCGUAACAGUUCCUAUUCAGUAUAACAGCACCAGACAACAUGCCUUGAGUGAUGACGAUGGUGAAGAUGAUGCUGUAGGGUUUCAACAUCAAAUUGGUUCAAGUGUGGAUAACCUAAAUGUAUUGCCAGUUACUUCUGUCACCUUUUCCAGCCGUUCCUGCAAUUCAAAGGAUCCGGUAGAAGGAAAUACAAAUCCAGCAAAUACUUAUAAGUGCCAGAAUUGCAAUUUAACUUUGCACAAUCAAAGUGCCUAUGUGCAGCACCAGCUGUUAUUUCAUGAAAAGAAAGCUAAGAGGCGCAGAAAGAGUAGCAAAUUUGGUGAACCAAAAGUUGGUAAAGAUGGGAAAUUUGAAUGCCCUGUAUGUCACAAGACCUUUCAGGAGCAAUCACGGUACUUUGGCCAUGUUGGAGCCCAUGCAAGGCAUGAGGGGCUUACUCCUGAAGCUUUCUUUGAUAAGAUCUCAUCAGGACAGGCAGUUAACAACUUCUUGGGAGAGUUACAAUUUACCCCUCAGGAGCUUACUGAACCAACUGAACAAAAGGGCAAGACUGCAGGCGAAGCAUGUUCUCAGCAUCAGAGUUAUUCAAAAGGACAAGGGGGUGAUAACUCAAAAGUUAUAGAUCUUUUUAACACAAAUUGUUCCGGUAGUUUCAAUAGGCGUGGUGAAGCUUGGUGUAGACAGGUAGAGGUUCCUCCUGUUACAGAUGCUCAAAGUGCAUGCAGAUACAGAAAUGAUAUGAUGGAUUAUGCCAAUGUAACUGUUCCAAAACCAAAAGUAGCUCCUGAAUCCAAUGAUGAACCAAAUGGCAGGCUUAACGGCUUUGCUGAAGUUGAUGAUUUUAGUGAUCACACGGGAAGUGGCCAUGACUUCAGACCUUCUAGCUUCUCAAGUGCUAAACAUUACGAGGACCAGAUUGUUGAUCGUGGCUUUCCUGUUUCAAAGCGUGGCGAGGUCAAUAAUACUGUGAAAGCAAGAGACGUCAACCUUAAUUCAUGCCUGGACACAAUAUCUUUCCCGAUUGCUAGUGCAAACAAUCAAACUUCUACUGCUGUUGAUGAGGCUAAUCAAUCAUCCAUUGCUGGAAAAUGCUUCAUUGGCAGUUUUAAUAAUAAUGGUGGUGCAUCUACUACAUCAUCCUGUUCUGGCUCAAAUAAUAAAGUAUCUGGUUCCCUUGGUGGAUCUAACGGAUCCUCUAAUGCUGCCAGAUGCAUCGGUGGUAGUUAUGGUAAUGAUGCUGCAGCUAACAUUUUUGGCAACAAGAACAAUACCAUGGUGUACCAGUCUAGUUUGAACAUAUGCCCCAUCUCUCAUGUUGCAACUAAUGUGGAUUCUUCUGUUUCCCGUUCAACACAUGCAAAGAACAGUGACAAAGAGCGUGCAUACAAUACCAAGGAACAAAUGAAUACCACACAGAACAGAGCAAGUAAUGAAGCUGUUGAAGGCUAUAAUAAUGAUGUGUAUACUGGUAGUAUCACUGAAAGGAGUCUUGCCCAGUGUAGUAAUAACUUGAGUCACCCAAAACCCAACAUUCUGAGCCGCUGUGCACUACCGGACUCAAGCACUUUGACAGCCAGUAACUUAACCAAGGGAAUUGAUGUCAACUGCAUGAAUGGUUCUUUUGUUUAUAGAAAUGAUGCCAACGUGGAGGGUCCUUCUGUAAAUAGGCCCAUGAAUAAUAAUGAUUCAAUGGGUUCUGUGCAUGCCGUGUUGGGAAAGCCAAGUAACGAUAUGCAGAAUCAUUACAGUGGUAGUGCUCCUAAUUACACCCCGCUUGCUGCAGCAGCUAAUAUCAACGAUCUAAUACCUAUGCAGAGCAAUUUUGAUGGCAUGUCCACUUUGGUUCAUUCUGCUGGUGAUGUUCCAAGGAGCAGCACAACCCAGGAUCAGUGUGCGUUGCAACUUGGAUUUGGUGGCCAGAAGCAGCACGUAUUUCCUGGUUAUGGAUGGGCUGCAUUUGGAUCCCCUCAGCUUGUGGGCUUGGCCAGAAAUAAUAAUUUACCCACUAGAUCCUCACAGUUUGGGAGCAUGGUCAGACCUAAUUCUUCUCCUUCUGGAUCCUCUCAGUUAGGGAGUGUGGCAAGUUCUGAUUAUCUGCAAACUGGAUCAUCUCAGUUUGGGCGCAUGGCUGGACCUUCUAUACCUGCUGCCGAAUCCUCUCAGUUUAGGCACAUGGACGGACCUAAUUCUAAACAUUCUGCUGAAUCCUCUCAGUAUUGGCACAUGGCUGGAACCAAUUCUAGACCUCCUGCUGGAUCCUCUCAGUUUGGGAGCGUGGUCAGACCUAAUCCUGUACCUUCCACUGAACCCUCUCAGUUUGGGAGCUUGGCCAGGCAGAAUUCUGGGAGGACAUCCGAGCCAACUUUAGUGUUGGGGAAUGUACCACAGACGGGAAGUGGCCCUCCGGCCCAGUCAGGAUGGGAUCUCAAGGUACCAAGGAUGGUUAGUGGAGGGAGCAUGCUCGCAGCAGUAUGUACAUGGUGCAACAGCCAGUUCCACCAUUUUGGCCCCGUCGAUGGACAGCAGGUUGGUAAUUACGGCCUCAUCUGCCCAUCAUGCAAGGAUAAGGUGUCUGGUCAACGUAAUAUGCCCAACAAUGGCUUGUGGCAACCCUGAGGUCAUCUGAAUAGCGUUGGAGAUGUUUUUUUUCCCGCUGUAUCUGUUAAGGUUGAAAAUUACCUGCACCGAUCAGUUUGCAGAGUUGAGCGGGCUAUCUAGGAAUGAUGUUUGUAUUUGAUGUGCUCCAUCUUCUCUUAGGAAGUUUAUCGAUUUCAUGACACGAGUGUAGGCGUAUUUCGUUAGAACUGAAAUAAUAGUUUUAGAUUUUAUUUAUUACA